UGUGGCGGAUAAAAGAACGGGCGCCACUGGCCGCCAAAUCGGGGAAAAACAAAAGACCCAACAGAGUCGGGGGCAGUGGAACCAAGAUAACACACGCGACGGACAAACGAACUGACAGUCGGACGGACGGACGGUAGAGACGUGCGGGUGAGAGAAAGGAGGGCGGCGGCAGCUGCGGCGGGUCGCGGAAUUCGGAUUUCACAUUUCAGCGGAGCACCCGCGACCGCUUUCAGCCUUUUUGGCCAAGUUCGCCGCUGGCAUGCAAAGGACUCUGUUACUGGAGAAACCCCACCACAGGAUGAGAAGCAGCAGCAGCAGUUGAUCGCAUCGGAUUGGAUUGGAUUGGAUCAGAAACAACUAGCUAGCGCUCCAGCUCUCCUCCAGCACACACACACACACUCAACACAUACACUCCCCCCUUCUGUCAUCCGCCUGCGAAGCAUCCAGCACGAUGAACACUAGCCAGACAGCUGCCGGCAAUCGGAUAACGUUCACCACCAGCCAGCCACUGGCCAAUGGAACGAUCAAUAUAGCCGGUAAUCCCGGAGCUGUCAUAUCGACGGCACAGCUGCCAAAUACAACAACAAUUAAGACGAUUCAGGCGGGGAUCGGAGCCGGACAGCAUCCAGGAAUGCAACAGACGGGGACACAGCAGACGCAAUCCGUAGGUGCCACCCAAACACAAACCCUAGUUAUUAAAUCCAACCACCAUGCUGUCACCCUGCCGGCGGGUCUAGUCUCAAGUGCACCAGCAGGAAUCGUAACCAUGACCAAGACCAUCAAUCAGGCCGGUCAGCCGCUGUUGAACUCGAUGCUGCCAGCGGGCGUUGUGGUGGGAAUGCGUCACCAGGCGCCGGCGCAACAGCAGCCCAAGAAUGUACCCGCCAAUCCCAUCAGCCGUGUGGUGAUCAACUCGCAUAUGGCGGGCGUGAGACCGCAGAGUCCAUCGAUAACUUUAAGCACACUGAACACGGGCCAGACCCCGGCACUGCUGGUGAAGACGGACAAUGGAUUCCAGCUGUUGCGUGUGGGUACGACGACGGGUCCGCCGACGGUGACACAAACAGUAACAAAUACUAGCAACAAUAGUAACAACAACAACAACAACAGCAGCAGUAACAGCAACAACAACAACACAACAAGCACCACAAAUCUAUCCUCAACUACACAGAUACGACUGCAAACUGUGCCGGCUGCAGCUGUAAGUAGAUAUCAACAACAACAACAACAACAAUCGCAGCAGCAAUCUCAGCAGCAACAGCAACAGCAGCAACAACAACAACAACAACAACAACAAGCAUCAAGCACUACCGCCAGCACUAGCAUAGCACUUCGCAAAACGAUUGUCCGUACUUCUUCAUCCACAAUCCCAUCCAGCAAUAAUAAUAAUAAUAAUAAUAAUAAUAACAACAAUAAUAGUAAUAACAGUAUUAUCAAUGCCACCACCACCUCCAACACAACCACCACCACCACCACCAACAACAACAACAACAACAGCAACAAAUUAUCCGCUAACCAGCAGCAGCAACAUCAACAACAGCAACAACAACAGAAGCUGCAACAGCAACAGCAACAGCAACAUCUUAAGCAGCAGCAGCAAAAACAGCAGCAACAGGCAUCAGCUGCUGCUGCCGCUGCAGCCGCUGCCAAUGUGGCAGCCACCAUAAAGAUAAAGCAAAACUCUAUGCCCAACACGACCGCCUCCAACAACAUUAUUGUCAAUUCGGUGGCCGGUGGCUACACAUCUGCCUCGCAGCCGCCCCAUCUGACGCAACUGAACUCGCAGGCGCCGCACCUGCCGCAGAUAACACAGAUUCAGACGAUACCGGCACAGAACAACACAGCCGGAUCAGCAGGGACGACGGGUGGCGGGACAACAGCAUCGGCGACAACGACGACCACACAGCAGGGAAAUACCAAAGAAAAGUGUCGCAAGUUUUUAGCCAAUUUAAUCGAGCUGUCGACACGGGAACCGAAGCCGGUGGAGAAGAAUGUGCGCACCCUCAUCCAGGAGCUGGUCAAUGCGAAUGUUGAGCCGGAGGAGUUUUGCGAUCGCCUGGAGCGCUUGCUCAACGCCAGCCCGCAGCCCUGUCUCAUUGGAUUCCUUAAGAAGAGUCUACCGCUCCUGCGACAGGCUCUCUUCACCAAGGAGCUGGUUAUCGAGGGCAUCAAGCCACCGCCCCAGCAUGUUCUUGGCCUGGCCGGACUCUCUCAACAGCUGCCCAAAAUCCAAGCGCAAAUCCGUCCGAUAGGCCCCAGCCAGACAACGACCAUUGGACAGACGCAGGUGCGGAUGAUUACGCCGAAUGCUCUGAACUCGCCGCGACCCACCAUCGGCCACACCACAAUAUCGAAGCAGUCGCCCAACAUUCGACUGCCGACGACCCCGCGUCUGGUCAGUACGGGAGCCAUUCGGAGUCAGAUACCUUCGCUGCAGGUUCCAGGACAAGCGAACAUUGUACAGAUCCGGGGACCUCAACAUGCCCAGCUCCAACGCACUGGAUCGGUGCAGAUCAGAGCCACCACCCGUCCGCCGAAUAGUGCGCCCAACAGUGCGGGCAAACUCACUGCCGUCAAGGUGGGCCAGACCCAGAUCAAGGCCAUUACACCCAGCCUGCACCCGCCCUCGUUGGCCGCCAUUUCCGGCGGUCCGCCGCCGACGCCCACGCUCUCCGUUCUGUCCACCAUUAACUCCGCGUCGUCCACAUCGCUGCCGGUGCCAUCGCUGCCCACGGUCCACUUGCCACCCGAAGCUCUGCGAGCCCGCGAACAGAUGCAGAACUCCUUACACCACAACAACAACAAUCACUUCGAGCCGAAGCUAGUGGAGAUCAAGGCGCCGUCCCUGCAUCCGCCUCACAUGGAACGCAUCAAUGCCUCGCUCACGCCCAUCGGAGCCAAGACCUUGGCGAAACCCCCGACGAUGAUCAGCAAAGCUAUCAGUAAAAAGAAGCGCGAUGCUCUGGACGGCCGGGAUGCGGAUGGAAAGUUAAUUGGCGUGGGUGGAGCAGCGGGUGCAGCGACUACGGCCAAUUCGUUUUUUCAGCAGAGUUCCAUGUCGACCUCGAUGUACGGGGAUGAUGACAUCAAUGAUGUGGCUGCCAUGGGCGGUGUUAAUCUGGCGGAGGAAUCGCAGAGGAUUCUCGGCUGUACCGAAAACAUUGGCACCCAGAUCCGUUCCUGCAAGGAUGAGGUGUUCCUGAACCUGCCGGCGCUACAGGCUCGAAUAAGGGCCAUUACCACGGAUGCUGGGCUGGACGAACCGACGCAGGAUGUGGCCGUGCUGAUAUCGCACGCCUGCCAGGAGCGGCUGAAAAACAUUGUCGAGAAGUUGGCUGUGAUAGCGGAGCACCGCAUUGAUGUCAUCAAGUUGGAUCCUCGGUACGAAACCGCUAAGGAUGUCCGCGGCCAGAUCAAGUUUCUGGAGGAGCUCGACAAGGCCGAGCAAAAACGACACGAGGAGCUGGAACGUGAGAUGCUGUUGCGAGCGGCCAAGUCGCGAUCGCGAGUGGAGGAUCCCGAGCAAGCGAAGAUGAAGGCGAGGGCCAAGGAGAUGCAGCGCGCGGAAAUGGAGGAACUGCGCCAGAGGGACGCCAAUCUGACGGCAUUGCAGGCAAUUGGACCGCGAAAGAAGCUUAAAUUGGACGGGGAUGCGGCCAGUGCGGGAGUGGGUUCCAGUAGCAGUGGACUGCUGAGCAGCUCAGGAUCGGUGCCAACAACGUUACGACCGCGCAUCAAGCGCGUCAACCUACGCGAUAUGCUCUUCUACAUGGAGCAGGAACGAGAGUUCUGUCGCAGCCCCAUGCUGUUCAAGACGUACCUCAAGUGAUUGCUGCUGUUGUCCAUCGUACAUCGCAUCGCCGUCAUCACCACGCUGGCCCACUCCUUCCGCUACCGCUCCCGCUCUCGGGGCUGGCGUGGUGGCGUCGUUGUGUCUCCUCCCACUUUAGAGUUUCCUUCAUUUGCAAUAUUAAUUAGCCUCCAUUUUACCGCAUCCUUCAUGCCUAUUAUCCACCCUAACCCUCUUGUUGUUUUCUUUUUAGUUAGGCCAAACCUAUUUAAUUUUUAAAAUUAUUUUAUACACUUAUAUUCUAAUUUCUAAUCGCACUUGAUUUUAAGCAUAAUUUAAAAUACGUUUAUUAUUAUUUUCGCCCCCCAAUAAAUUGUCUGUAAAACUUAAACCAAACCAAUCCAAAAACCAGAGCAAAGUAAACGAUAAACGAAUACAGAAAGUAAAAUAAUAUAAAAAUUCUACGAGAAAAGCAUAAACAAAAAAAAAAAAAAUGAAAACCCGCAGUGAGCCGGCGUUUGAAUUGUAAUUUGUAAAAUAAUGUUUGCAUUAACUGCAUUGACGGCCUUAUCUAAACGAUAUAAACAUAUACAUUAAUAUUUAAUUAUUUAGCUUAGUUUGUUAAACGAAAACGAAGCAUAAUUCCUAGAUAUUAAGCGAAACAACAAGUGAGAGUGUGCGCGUGCGACGGUUUUUGGUUUUUAAAACCAAAAAAUGAUCAAAAAAAAAAAGAUGAUCCGGCAGAACAGCUAACAGAAACAAAUCUAAACAGAACACAUCAAAACGCAAGCAAACAAAAUAUCGGGCGUACAUUGAAUUAGCUCUAGUUGUUUAAACAAAACGAUGUAAUUUAAAAAAAAAAAAAUAACAAAAAAAAACAAACCUAUUGUAUAAAAAACAAAUUUUUGUGAAAUUAUCCGAAAUCGCGAAAAAAUCCAAACAAAUUGUAAAUACAGGCUAGGCUACGAUUUUUCUAAUAGUUAUAUUAGGUAAAAAACAACACACACGUAUAUAACAAAUUCUCGAGCUGACAAGGACCCUUCUUGGCACUCCAAAAAAUUAAUUAUGUUUUUAUUAGUGGCGCUCGUUUAUCCAUAAUGUAACAACACGGUUCACUAGGCUAUAAGUGUGCAUUAAAUAUUUUUGUGCAAAGGUCCGAAAACUGACCAAAAAUCGGCCUCUCCAAGUCCCAGAAUGCAAAUCACCCCGAAUAUACAAAAAAUCAUCCAGCCCACAAACACACACAAAAUAGACAAAUUUUUAUACAAUUAGCCAGAUAAUUCUUGUAAAAUAUAAAUCUAUUUAAUUGACAAACAAUUGAUGUAAUUCAGCAAAAUUUACAAAAACCUAAAACCUAAAACAAAAACGAAAGAAAUUCAUUGUGUGUAUAUUAAAUUAAUCUAUUAAACGUAAAAAAAAAAACAGGCAAAGCAAACCGUAAACACAGCGCAUAGUUUGGUAGGCAUACAACUGAAUAUAUAUAAAUAGUAUAUAUACUUAUUAUGUUUUAAAAUUAAGCGAAAAUAAAAAAAAAUUCAGAAAACUUUUCAACUGAG